AUGGAUGUCGUUACUAAUGUUCGUAACAUGUCCGUCAUUGCUCACGUCGAUCAUGGUAAAUCUACUUUAACCGAUUCUUUAGUUCAAAGAGCUGGUAUUAUUUCUGCUGCCAAAGCUGGUGAAGCUAGAUUCACUGAUACCAGAAAAGAUGAACAAGAAAGAGGUAUUACUAUUAAAUCUACCGCUAUUUCUUUAUAUGCUGCCAUGGCUGAUGAUGAUGUCAAGGAAAUUAAACAAAAAACUGUUGGUAAUGAAUUUUUAAUCAAUUUAAUUGAUUCCCCAGGUCACGUUGAUUUCUCUUCCGAAGUUACUGCUGCUUUAAGAGUUACUGAUGGUGCUUUAGUUGUUGUUGAUUGUGUUGAAGGUGUCUGUGUCCAAACUGAAACCGUCUUAAGACAAGCUUUAGCUGAAAGAAUUAAACCAGUUGUUAUUGUUAACAAGGUUGAUAGAGCUUUAUUAGAAUUACAAGUUACUAAAGAAGAUUUAUAUCAAUCUUUUGCUAGAACUGUGGAAUCUGUUAAUGUUAUCAUUGCCACUUAUGUUGAUGAAGUUUUAGGUGAUGCUCAAGUUUACCCAGAAAAAGGUACCGUUGCUUUCGGUUCCGGUUUACAUGGUUGGGCUUUUACUGUUAGACAAUUUGCUACCAGAUAUUCUAAAAAAUUCGGUGUUGAUAGAAUUAAGAUGAUGGAAAGAUUAUGGGGAGAUUCUUAUUUCAAUCCAAAAACUAAAAAAUGGUCUAACAAAGAUAAAGAUGCUGAUGGUAAAACUUUAGAAAGAGCUUUCAAUAUGUUCGUUUUAGAUCCAAUCUUUAGAAUCUUUGCUGCUGUUAUGAACUUCAAAAAAGAUGAAAUUCCAACCUUAUUAGAAAAAUUAGAAAUUAACUUAAAGGGUGAUGAAAAAGAUUUAGAAGGUAAAGCUUUAUUAAAGGUUGUUAUGAGAAAAUUCUUACCAGCUGCUGAUGCUUUAUUAGAAAUGAUUAUUAUUCAUUUACCAUCUCCAGUUACUGCUCAAUUUUACAGAGCUGAUACUUUAUAUGAAGGUCCAGCUGAUGAUGCUUCAGCUAUUGCCAUUAAGAACUGUGACCCUAAGGCUGACUUAAUGUUGUAUAUUUCCAAGAUGGUCCCAACCUCUGAUAAAGGUAGAUUCUACGCUUUUGGUCGUGUUUUCGCUGGUACUGUUAAAUCCGGUCAAAAGGUUAGAAUUCAAGGUCCAAACUAUGUUGUUGGUAGAAAAGAAGAUUUAUUCCUUAAAUCUAUUCAAAGAACCGUUUUAAUGAUGGGAAGAUUUGUUGAACAAAUUGAUGAUUGUCCAGCUGGUAACAUUGUUGGUUUAGUUGGUAUUGAUCAAUUUUUAUUAAAAUCUGGUACUAUUACUACUAAUGAAAACUCUGCUAACAUGAAAGUUAUGAAAUUCUCUGUUUCUCCAGUUGUGCAAGUUGCUGUUGAAGUUAAGAAUGCUAAUGAUUUACCAAAAUUAGUUGAAGGUUUAAAGAGAUUAUCUAAAUCUGAUCCAUGUGUUGUUUGUUCUAUGUCUGAAUCUGGUGAACAUAUUGUUGCUGGUACUGGUGAAUUACAUUUAGAAAUUUGUUUACAAGAUUUAGAAAAUGAUCAUGCUGGUGUUCCAUUAAGAAUUUCUCCACCAAUUGUUGCUUAUAGAGAAACUGUUGAAGAAGAAUCUUCCAUGGUUGCUUUAUCUAAAUCUCCAAACAAGCAUAACAGAAUUUAUGUUAAAGCUGAACCAUUAUCUGAAGAAGUUGCUUUAGGUAUUGAAUCUGGUAAGAUUGAUAUCAAAGAAGAUGUUAAGACCAGAGCUAGAAAAUUAGCUGAUGAUUACGGAUGGGAUGUUGUUGAUGCUAGAAAGAUUUGGUGUUUCGGUCCAGAUGGUACCGGUCCAAAUGUUGUUGUUGAUCAAACUAAAGCUGUUCAAUAUUUAUCCGAAAUUAAAGAUUCUGUUGUUGCUGCUUUCCAAUGGGCUACCAAAGAAGGUCCAGUUUUAGGUGAAAAUGUUAGAGCUUUAAGAGUUAACAUUUUAGAUGUUACCUUACAUGCUGAUGCUAUUCACAGAGGUGGGGGUCAAAUUAUUCCAACCAUGAGAAGAGUUACCUAUGCUUCUAUGUUAUUAGCUAAACCAGCUAUCCAAGAACCAAUUUUCUUAGUUGAAAUUCAAUGUCCAGAAAAUGCUAUUGGUGGUAUUUACUCUGUUUUAAAUAAAAAGAGAGGUCAAGUUAUUUCUGAAGAACAAAGACCAGGUACUCCAUUAUUCACUGUUAAAGCUUACUUACCAGUUAAUGAAUCUUUUGGUUUCAGUGGUGAAUUAAGACAAGCUACUGGUGGUCAAGCUUUCCCACAAAUGAUCUUUGAUCAUUGGCAAAUCUUAAGUGGUGAUGUCACUGACCCAGCCACUAAACCAGGUGCCGUUGUUAAGGAAAAGAGAGAAAGAUCAGGUUUAAAGGCUGAAGUUCCAGAUUAUACUGAAUAUUAUGAUAAAUUAUAA